AUGGAUACACGACCCGAUUUGAGUAGGGAACGAAUGUCGUCAAGGAUAGACUUCCUUUCUAAUAAUUUGAAGUUGGAUGUUAGGGCACAUCAGAGAACUUACGAGGGAGCAUACACUCGUACAGCUAUAGGUUGCUUGUCAUUUUCAAUAGUAAUUAUUAAGUUAUUUUCGAAGGAGUUCCUUCUAAUUGGAACAAUCUACACUGCUUAUGGUUGUUUGCUCUAUUUUAUAGGGGUAGUCAAGUCAUAUUCAGUUGAUACAUAUUAUGAUCCGUCUAAGAAGAUGGAAAUGUAUAAAACUGGGGGUAAUAGUGUCCUAGUCCUAUCAGUGAUAAGUUUUAUUAGCUACGUUGCAUUAUUGGUGUUGGUAAUACGGUUGUGA